UGCAUGAUGUCGAGAUCGAUCUGUAAUCUAACCUAUUCGUUAGACAUCUAACUGAUCAUUUUAGAGUGUCUUUUACAUGUAUAAUAAACUACAUUAACACACUUUUCUCGAAAACAGCAAAGCAUUGGCGAAGAAAUGUCUUGAAAUAAGUUCGACCGAUGCAACAAUCGGGAGAGAACGACUUCAAAGCAUAUUCUAUUCUCACGUUUCCACAGAAUCCAUGUGACGAGAGUAACGCGUACGCAGAACUUUUGCUUCACUAUUUCUCUUUGAGAUUAAUCCUACGAUAUUUCGAUACACAGUCUUAAUUAAAUCAGCAACAAUAAAGAAAGAUACAGCCGUAAAUUACCAAAGUAACUGGCAGCCAUUUUGAAGUGCCACAUUCCUACACCGAUUUGACACUCUUUUUCGUAAUUUGCGGUGUAUACAGAGCUUGUGCGCGAAAAAACAAAUUCUUCUCUGUAAUUGAUCUUCUAAUAUUUUUAACAUACAAUAUGUACAUAUUUCGAGUUUGAUAACAUAUGUGAAAGUUAAUCUUUCAAAAGGUAUACAUAUUCGAAAGAAUAAUCGUAUAAGCAUAUUUCUUCGAUAAUAUACAACUGCAGUUGGCUCUUCGUAUCAAAUAGACGUCGAGAUUAUAUCAAUUUUUCCUAUUCUUGUAUAUUUAUUCCAUGAAUUAAUCAAACUAUUUGCUAUUUUCUAUUUGUAUUAGACAUUUAAUCAAGUCUAAUUUUCUUUUAAGGUUAUGCUUUGCUGAUAACAAUUUUAUUUAGAUCUUUUGUCAUCUUUAAUUAUUUCAUGAUCAUCGAAGGUCAUUUCUGUCGAAACAUUAUUGUUUUUAAAACCAAACAGAACAACAGAAAUAAAAGAAAAUAAGAUAUGUGGAAAUCUAAUUCUCUCGGAAAAAUGUUCUUAUUUUUUUCUUCAUUUUUACCGUUACAACAACCCAACCAAUCAAGUGAUUUUUCAGUUACGUUCAAUCUUCGAGGACGACAUAUUUUAUAAGUCUAAUACAUACACAGCAAACAUGAAACCAACGAAAUUAAAUUAAAUUCGAAUAAAUCAACUUUUGUACGAAAUUAUGUACCUUGUUUUGUAUUGUGUAUACAUUAUGGAUACACAAUGUAGAAACCAUUAAAUGAUACUAAAAUAAUCAUGUUAAGAAUUCUUCAGUCCUUGUAUGUGAAACUUUUUGGUGCAUAUGAUAUAUUUUUAUAUAUUUACAUGGAAUCAAAAAAUAAUUUCUAUCAUAUCCAUAAUAUAAUCAACUUGUAACUGAAAUUCCAGUUCACAGAUUGGACUGUAUUGGAAGAUGCAUAAUUUUGAUUUUAUUUUUAUGUAUGAAACGAUGCAAUUUAUGUAAUAUUGUAAAUUUGUAUACAAAUUUAAGAUAAUUAGUUCUUAUUAGAUAACUAGUUCACAUAGAAUAAAACCACUGUUACACCAUGGUAGCCCAUGUUAUGUGUUUAACAUCUUCUGGAGGAAUUCCAUUAUUUUCCCGACAAAAAGGAGAAGGAGAUCCGGUAAAAAGAAUGACAUUUUCUAAAAUAGCAUCGCUGAAUGGUAUCCAUAUGUUUCUUAAAUCUCAAGAUGUUAAGCUCAUGUACACUGAUUUACCAGAUACCACCAUUAUGUGGAAAGAAUUCAACGAAAGCAUUACUUUAAUAGUCAUUGCAAAUGGAACUACAAAAUAUGUUUUGAAUGAAUUUCUUGAUGCUGUUUUCGGGGCAAUGAUUUUAUUUGUUGGCAUAGACGAAUUAAAAAGUGCAAAAAAUAUAGAAAAACUUAAGAGAGAUAUGCGUUCUUGUAGUCCGCUUGUUGAUAAUUUAUUACAAUGUCUUGAUUCAGGUGAUGGAAUUUCUUUAAAGAUUGAUAUCAUCAAUAUGACAGAGUGCAUUGUUUGCCUUGAAAAUAAUGUACUUCAGACUUGUCUAGAAGGCUACAUGGAAUGUUUAGAUUCCAUGUAUGGUUGUAUCUUAAUACAUGGCUGCUUAGCAGUUGCCACAGAAGGAUGGUGGACCUUGAAUCCUAUUGAAAGAAAGUUACUGAUAACGGUUGUAACUAUUGAAAAUAUUUGCACAAUGCGUGACAUUCCAGUAUUUUUACCUUAUAAAAGUCCAAACGUGGCUUUUCGAUUAGUGUCUGUUACAUUAAUCAACCAUAUAGAAGUCUUAGCAUUAUGUGGACCAAAUCCAGAGUUAUCAGAGGUGGAGCGGUUGGCUGUACAGUGCUGGAAAAAUACUGUUGACAUUUUAAAUAGCGUCGAAUUGUGCUAUCCAAGGAAUUUACCUAUAUCGAUAAACUUGGAUUCAGAGGCUCUUGGAUUUCUUCUAGUGAAUUAUAAAGUACAAAAAUUUGUACUUUGUAAAAAUGAUCGAUAUGCUAAUACUAGAAUUAGCGGAUCUCAUAGAUUAGACAUAUUAAGAACCUUUUAUCAUCAAGCUGUUGAAACAUUUAUAUUGUCUUCAGUAUGUGAAGAUGAUACGAAGAAAGAUAAUUGGAAAUUUGUUACUGCAAAAGAAAUAUAUUUAUGUUCGGAGUAUCACAAAUGUUAUGCAGUUAAACAUAAUGAUCAUAUACUUUGUAUUUUAUAUGCUUCUAUAGUUCCAACGCAUACUAUGAGAUUAAUUUGUCAAAAAAUAUUGAAAAUGUUACUUACAGAUAAGCAAAAUUUUUGGUAAAUGAAAGUAUACGUUUUUUAACAUUUUUACAUUACACUAUUAUGAUGAUAAUCCUUCCCCUACUACACAAAACUUUUAUACUUUUUUCUUAUGAAUAAAAUAUUAAUGUAUUUCA